CACCUUGAACUCUUUCGUGCCAAAGUCCAAUAACACUCAUACUAUCAAUACCUCUCUCUCUUAAACCUAAACAUUCACACAAUUUUGAUUUUUCUAUUCUCUAGAGUCAUCAAAUUUUCACUUUAUUAUUACUACAAUGAGCAACAUUAAGAACAAAACAGUGAGAUUGUUCAAGCAAAUUAUACCUAGUUUAACCUCAAAAACUAUAGCUUUAAAAUCCAAAACAAAUGCCAUCAAAGCUCGUUUAAUUUUAUUCUCUUUCAUGAAGAAUAAGAAGCUCCUUAUGAGUUCAAUUUCAGAGAAGUUUCACUCUCUUUGGGGGAACCAUCCUCAUCAUCACAAGGAAGAUUGCUUAAUCGAAGGUGGGAAUUGUGAUUAUCAUAAUAGAGCUAUAGUUGUUUAUAACAAAAAUGCUCACACUUAUGAAGCGUUGCUAAAUCCAAGUGAAUUAGCACAACAAGUUUUGGAUGAACAAGAUCAAGAAGAUGGAUAUGAUGGUUACUAUGAUAAUGAUGAUGAUGAUAAGUAUCCUGAUUUGACUCACAAUCUUUUUGAUUCUGAGGGUUUGGAUUUCGGAGGAUCAGUGAUUGAUAGGGUGAAGAAUUGUAAGGAAGAAGCAGGGAAAGAGUUUAAACUUGAGGAUGAUAUUGAUGAAGUUGCUGAUCUUUUUAUCAGAAGAUUUAGAAGAAAUAUAAUCUUGCAGAAACAAGAUUCAUUGAAGAGAAAGAGACAAAUUGCGCAAAAUGGUGCCUGAAUUUCGAGUUCACUCGGAUUCAACAUCUCUCCCAUUGAUGGACAAUCUACAAAUAAUUCAAACAAGUAUUCCUAAAAGGUGCACCCUUGAAGGGUUGUUUGAUGGUUGUUCCAUGAGUUCUUGUCAUAAAAGUUGGAAUUAUUAUUGGUGUUUUAUUUAUGGAUGUGAAACUAUUGUUAGUGUUAGAGCACUUUGUUUUAAAAACGGUUAAAAAAGAGUUUUUUCAAAAGAAAUUAUUGGAAUGAGUUGGAGACUAAAUUAUUCUCUUUAAAAUAUUUUGCGAUA